AUGCCAUUUACCAUCACACGCUUUACCGAUCUACAUGGGGAACCUGUCUCACUACUUCUUGCGUCCAUUAACGGUUACCAAGAUGAGCCGCUUGAGCCACUAGAAAAAACUCUCGAACCAAUUGCACAUUUUUUUAUAGGAAUCGAAAUAAAUGCAUGGGUGGCCAAAGAAAAUUGUAUACAACCUAAAGAAGGUCUUACUCAAGAUGAAUCAGCAGCUAUCCAUCUUUACACCAUGAACUUUUGCGAUGGGCCUAGUCUUUACGAAGUGUUCAACCAAGCACUUCGAGCUAAGAAUCGGCAAGAUCUCAGACCUUGGUUUAAACUGCUUAAACUAUUUCUUACAGCUUUACAUAAACUUCCAUCUCAUGCACAAACGGUUUGGUGUGGUGCACGAAAUAUAGAUUUGAGCUCAAAGUAUCCCAAAGGAAAAAAACUUGCUUGGUGGGGAGUGCGUUCAUGUCUAACCAGUCUUGAACUUCUUCAGUCUACUCAAUAUCUGGGUCAAACAGGUGAUCGAGCAGUUUUCGCCAUCGAAUGUCUCAAUGGAAAAUCAAUUUCACUUCAUUCUUACUUUGGUCCAGAAGAGGAAAUUAUUCUCUUACCUGGAUUUUACUUUGAAGUUAUCGAUCAGAUUAGUCCAGAAGUAGGACUUCAUAUUAUACAAAUCAGAGAAAUCAAUCCUUCAUUCCUGUUGGUGACACCACCUUUUGUUGAAAUAAACUCGUUCAGUACAAGUUUACAAACGACACAGACAGACGAAAUGAAUCAACUAAGUAUGUCAUCGAUUUCAUCAUCAUAUGCCAGCAUGAUUUAAAAUAGUGCUCUCGACACACCUACAAAUCUUAUCGCUUACCGUAAUAAAGUUGGUGAAACUUUCUCGUUUGUGGUCACUGGUACUACUCGAGGAUCUGUCUGGGGUACAGAUGUUUACACGGAUGACUCAAUCCUGGCAACUACUGCUGUACACGCAGGAGUUGUUAAAAAUGGCGAAACCAAAACCAUCACUGUCAAAAUUCUUCCAGGUCAAUUCAGUUAUCGAGGCACUCUUAAAAAUGGUAUAACCUCUGUAUCGUAUGGCGCAUGGGCAGGAAGUUAUUUAUUUGUUGAAAAUCCAGUCACUUAUGAAAUAUCUUCACCAAAUCUUAGUGGUUAUCGUAAUAAAGUUGGCCAUAUGUAUUCUUUUAUUGUUACAGGUACCAUUGUGGGAUCUGUGUGGGGUACCGAUAUUUACACGGAUGACUCGAAUCUUGCUACUGCUGCUGUUCAUGCUGGCGUUGCUAAUAAUAACGAAACUAAGGUUGUCCACAUCAAAAUACUUCCCGGUCAAUCUAGUUAUGAGGGUACUAUUCGAAAUGGUGAUAGUAUAGACACAAAUUACUCGGCCUAG